AUGGAAGCUUCUGCAGCACCAAAGAGAGCCUUAUACACAGAAAUGGAACAGAACGCUCAAAUCGCAGCCAAGAGGCUUUGGAAAAUCGUGCGGAUCGUCUUCUGCGUUUUGAAAACCGGUACGGUCAAAAGCAAGCUCAUGCUUGACUUAAACCUAAUGCUCAAGAGAGGCAACAAAGCCGUCACUAACCUCCGCCGCCGCCGAUCUAGCUUCACCGGUGCUGCUGACGUGAGCUCCACACGCGUCCGUGACUACGAGUUCAGUUGCAGCAAUACCCCAGCAACAGACCCUUUUGCAUAUAUGUGCAAACGCAAACGCCGCGUCCACGGCAGUUAUGACAAGGAAGACGCGGUGGCGGAGGCGGUUAAGAAGGUUUUUGAGCUGUUAGGAGAGAAUGAUACAAAGGCUACGACGGCGGCGGCGGCUGGAGAGUCUCCGUUGAUGGCAUUUCCGGCGGUGAGGCAGCUUAGAGUGACGGAUUCGCCGUUUCCGUUAGACGACGGCGGAGAACAUGAUCAUGUGGUGGAUAAAGCGGCAGAGGAGUUUAUAAAUAAGUUUUAUAAGAACCUUAAGCUACAAAAGAAGAUGGCUAACGCGUUAGAGUCGCCGUACCACGACGGAUGGGUUAGGUGA